UUCAACUCAAAUUCUCAAAUGGGAGAAAAUAGUGGGAUAUUUCUGCAGCAGUGGGAUGCACAGGUUCGGCCCUACAUCGAGAUGAUUGACUUCAUGAGGCGGAUUGGCAUCGAGAGGGAGCUCGCACUGCCGGCUAUCGCAGUUGUUGGUGACCAAAGCUCAGGGAAAAGCUCUGUUCUAGAGGCGCUAUCUGGAGUCGCUCUGCCUCGUGGAAGCGGAAUUGUUACUCGCUGUCCACUGGAGCUUAAACUGAGAAAAAUGAAUAGUGGGAGCGGAUGGACUGCUGUAAUCUCCUACAAUGAUGUGCGAGAGACGUUUCAUGAACCCGCACAAGUUGAAAGUUUCGUCAGAAAAGCACAGAAUAUGCUCGCUGGAGAUGGAGUAGGAAUCUGUGAUGAUCUCAUCAGUUUGGAGAUUACAUCACCUGAUGUCUGUGACCUCACGCUGAUCGAUCUGCCUGGUAUAACCAGAGUACCUGUGAAAGGUCAACCAGAGGACAUCGGAGACCAGAUUCGGCGGCUAAUUUUGAAAUUCAUUGCAAAAAAAGAAACCAUUAAUUUGGUUGUUGUUCCCUGCAAUGUUGACAUUGCAACCACUGAAGCACUUAGAAUGGCUCAAGGUGUUGAUCCUGAUGGCGCAAGGACUUUAGCGAUAUUAACAAAGCCAGACCUGGUGGAUAAAGGAGCAGAAGCUGACAUCUUACAAGUUCUACAAGGCAAAGUGGUUCCUCUCAAGAAGGGCUACACCAUUGUCCGAUGCAGAGGCCAGAGUGACAUCAAUGAAAACGUUUCUCUUUCUGAAGCCACAAGACAGGAAAAAGAGUUCUUCAGCAACCACCCACACUUUAGUUAUCUUCUUGAAGAGCAGAGGGCCACAACCUCCUGCCUGUCCACUAGACUUACUAAAGAACUGGUUGAACAUAUCAAGGCUUCCCUUCCAUCUCUGAGAGAUCAAAUUCACAUCAACUUGUCUGCAGUGAGGGUUGAGCUCAGGAGUUAUGCUGAUGGUCCUCCUUUAGAGACUGAGCGCAUGGGGCCAUAUCUCAGCAAGAAAAUAUUGGAGUUCAGUGACCAGAUCAGUGAAUUGUGUAGAACUGGAGAAUCAGAAACUGGAAACCUGUACUCACUCCUUCGUCCAGUGUUCAAGCAAUGGGAAUGUCAUCUGAGUAACUCUAAAGCAUUGUUCAGAGAAUCCGUAAAAGAGAUGACAGAAAACUAUGAUGAAGGCCAUCGUGGGCGAGAGCUGGUGACCUUCAGUGACUACUGUGUGUAUGAAUCAAUGGUGAAGAGACAUGUUGGAGACCUUAAACAACCAGCCAUGGAAACACUGAAGCUCAUCAGAGGUAUUGUGCAGAAAGAAUUUAGGGUCAUGUGCGAACUUUGUUUCCCAAACUACCCGCAUCUGAGACACAUAAUACAGAACCACAUUGAUGAGAUUCACUCAAAGCAAGAGAGCAAGGUGGAAAAGAGGAUCCAUGAGUACAUUAACAUGGAGAAACUUGUGUACACACAGGAUCCCAUUUUUACCCAGAAAAUUGUAGACUUCAAAUUUGUGGAAAAAAGACAGGAGUAUGAGUCUGUUACUUUGGAUACAGGAGAAGACGCAACCUCACCCCACAACUGUGCUGUUUUUGACACCAGGAAUCUGACACCUGAUAAACUGAUCAUCUAUUAUGAGAUUGUGUAUCAGCGUCUGGCCGACUACAUUCCCAUGGUGAUCCUGUUGUUCAUCCUGAAGGAAGCUGCCGUGAUGCUGCGGGCUCAUGCUAUGGAUCUGCGGGAAGGAGCUGACGUUGUGAAGCUGCUAAUGGAAGAUUCUGAGGCUGGACAGAAACGAUCAGAACUGCAUCAGCGCAUGGAGCGACUGCGUUUAGCACAAGAACGCAUCAGUAUAUACCUCUGAAACAGGAACCAGCAAUGUUUCUCUGUUUUCUUAAAUCUUGUCUUCACAACAUAGGUGUUCAUAUUGGACAAGCACUCAACCUUGAUGUGAAUUACCAGAUUCAAAUUAGUUUUUAUCAGCUAGAAAAUAUUGCAAAAUUGUGUCUAAGAGAUGGAAAUGAUAAUACACGCAUUAAUUUCCACUUGCCUUGAUUAUUGCAACUCUCUUUUUACCGAUCUUAGCAAUUCAAAAAACGAUUGUAAGUAGUUCAAAAUGCUGCUGCUUUGCUUUUAACCCAGUCACAUUACUCAUGUAACUCCAAGUUUAAAGUCUUUACAUUGGCUCGCUGUAAAUUUUGAAUGAAUUAAAAAAUUCUUGUCAUGGUGUUUAGAUUGCUGCAUGGUCA